AUGCCGGUGAUGAAGGGGCUCCUGGCCCCCCAGAACACCUUCCUGGAUAACAUCGCCACUCGCUUCGACGGCACCCACAGCAACUUCCUGCUGGGCAACGCCCAAGGCCAGCGCGGCUACCCCAUCGUAUACUGCUCGGAUGGCUUCUGCGAGCUGACGGGCUUCACCCGCACCGAGGUCAUGCAGAAGAACUGCAGCUGCCGCUUCCUGUACGGCGCCGACACCAGCGAGCGGGUGGCCCAGCAGAUGGAAAAAGCCCUGGAGGGCCGCGAGGAGUACCAGGCACAGGUCCACUUCUACAGGAAGAAUGGGAUUGCCUUCUGGUGUUUGCUGGACAUUGUGCCCAUCAAGAACGAGAAGGGCGAGAUGGUCCUCUUCCUCUUCUCCUUCAAGGACAUCACCGACAGCCAUGGGAAAUGUCAUCACAACAGCACCAAAGAAGUUUUAGAAGAGGGCAAGCGUCGGAGGAGGAAGAGCAGCUCCCACCUGAGCGAGGCUCGGAAGCGAGGGCGCACCGUGUUGUACCAGAUCACCAGCCAUUUCUCGCGCGGCGGCAAAGGCGACAUCAACCUCGGUGGAAACAUGAUGGACAGGCCGUCGGUUCCCGAGUACAAGGUGGCGGCGGUGCAAAAGUCUCGCUUCCUGCUGCUGCAUUACAGCGUGUCCAAGGCUCUGUGGGACUGGCUGAUCCUGCUGGCCACCUUCUACGUGGCCGUUACCGUGCCAUACAACGUCAGCUUCACGCCCUAUGACGACACCGUCACGGCCGCGCGCUCCACCAUCGUCAGCGACAUUGCCGUUGAGAUGCUCUUCAUCACAGACAUCAUCCUGAAUUUCCGCACGACUUUUGUGAGCCAGUCGGGUCAGGUGGUGUACCAGUCACGCUCCAUUUGCAUUCACUACGCCACCACUUGGUUCUUUGUGGACCUGGUGGCGGCGCUGCCCUUUGACCUCCUCUAUGCCUUCAACAUCACAGUGACCUCGCUGGUGCACCUUCUCAAGACGGUGCGUCUACUGAGGCUCCUGCGUCUGCUUCAGAAGCUGGACCGCUACUCGCAGUACAGCGCCAUGGUUCUGACACUUCUCAUGUCCGCGUUCGCCCUGCUGGCGCACUGGAUGGCCUGCAUCUGGUACAUGAUAGGACGCAAGGAGCUGGAAACCAGCGACUCCUGGGAAAUAGGCUGGCUCCACGAGCUGGGCAAGCGUCAGGAGACGCCGUACGUCAACAACACAGUGGGCGGCCCGUCAGUGCGCAGCUCCUACAUCGCCGCCCUCUACUUCACCCUCAGCAGCCUGACCAGCGUGGGAUUCGGUAACGUCUGUGCCAACACUGACGCCGAGAAGAUUUUCUCCAUCUGCACAAUGCUCGUGGGCGCCUUGAUGCACGCCCUGGUCUUCGGGAACGUGACGGCCAUCAUCCAGCGCAUGUACUCGCGCCGCUCGCUCUACCAUACACGCAUGAAGGACCUGAAGGACUUCAUCCGUGUGCACGGGCUGCCCCAGCAACUCAAGCAACGCAUGCUGGAGUACUUUCAGACCACCUGGUCGGUCAACAACGGCAUCGACGCCAAUGAGCUGCUUCACGACUUUCCGGACGAGCUUCGCGCCGACAUCGCCACGCAUCUGAACAAGGACAUCCUGCAGCUUCCCGUCUUCAAGGGCGCCAGCCGCGGCUGCCUGCGCUCUCUCUCACUGCACAUCAAAACCUCCUUCUGCGUCCCUGGCGAGUACUUGAUCCGCCAGGGCGACGCGCUGCACGCCAACUACUUUGUCUGCUCCGGCUCCCUAGAGGUGCUCAAGGACGGCAUGGUGCUUGCCAUACUGGGAAAAGGCGACCUGAUCGGCUGCGACCUGCCGGACAGCGAGCAGGUGAUUAAGACAAACGCGGACGUGAAGGCUCUGACCUACUGCGACCUUCAGUACAUUAGCGUGCGUGGACUGAGGGAAGUGCUAGACCUUUACCCGGAGUACGCCGGCGUCUUCGCCUCCGACAUCCACAACAACAUCACGUACAACCUGCGCGAGGGCAGCCAGGAUGAGGGACUCGGCAGGUUUUCAAGGUCGCCCAGGAUCCCGCAUGAAGCUCGACGUAGCCCCACGCCGGAAAGCAAACGCGAGGACUCUGCCGACUGCUCGCACUCGUCCCGCCGCAACCUGCUUCUGCCCAACCUGAGCAGCCCGGUGCGCCGCACCUCGCUGGGGAACUUGCUGGGAGACGAAUUGCGGCAGUUCAACGCGCUGCGCCGUUGCCGCUCACCCAACCUGGGCCGCGGUUUCCUCGGCCACAUCGGCUCGUCGUCCUCGCCUCAGACGCCGGCCAAACCCCAGCGGCAAACUACUGAAGAGAGGAGGCCUUCCAAGCUCCUCAUCCCUACUGUCACCUGCUUCGGACCUCCAGACCUUAGUCCCAGGGUUGUGGAUGGCGUUGAGGAUAACGGACUCGCGUUCCAUUUCAGCGUGGAGCACGUCGGGCCCAAAGCCAGGAGAGGAAGCAGCGGUGGCGGCAGCCAAGAUUCUACACGGGUGAACGCCCAACUGCUACUGGAAACCGAGGAGGUCCGCCAGAGCAUCAGUCAACUCCACCAAAAGAUGAGCGCGUUGAACCAGGAAGUGUCGGAACUGGCCGGCGGCUUACGCCGAGUGAUGGACCUCCUUCAGACCCACGUGACCGAGCGUCAGAACUCCAACCUCCGCCCUCAGAUGCUGCCCGCUGCCCAAUGUCACCCCACCACAUUAGCCCCACCGACGUGGACACGAGUAGCCUUCCCUGAUGGAGGCCUCGUAUGCCCGACCGCCAUAAGCCGGUCCCAGCCCGCUUUGUGCCUGGACGCGGAUGAGGACGUGCGACGUUUAACCCGAGACUCGCAUCCGCCUUUAAUCCCCAUUUCUCUGUCCCUGCUACAAUCGGAGUGCCUGAUGGACAGCGAGAGCACGUCCCGGUCCAGCGUCGGCGUGCAGACACAAAGCAGCGAACAGUCGUGGUGUCUGGAUUUUACGGAUUAA